GCGACAUAAAAAUAUUUCUAUUUUCUUUAGUUAUUUCAAUGUUAUUCCCAGCAAAGAUUUAUAUUACAAUGUAAUAUAAAUCCGUGUUCCCAGCUGACUUGAGUAGAUGAUGAAGAUAUUCCAACUUCAGUCCUCGUUAAUUUAUUACACGCCACCUUCAAAAAAUAACAGGAGAUUUUCGUCAUUUUAUGACAAUUUACUUUGAGGGGUCAGGUGCUUAAUGGUCUUAUAUUCAAUCAGGAACAGACUGGACCUUAUAGAUGUACAGAUGCAGAAAAUGCCGACAGAAUCUGAAUGUGCAGGAUUCUGUUAUCAAAGAAAUUCCAUACUGCACAGAUGCAAGUGCCUGUCAAUCAAGUGUAUUAUAUUUGGAUGUAGACACUUGUCCAGAGUGGAUUGUGCAUUCAUUUGAACAGACAAGCUGGACAAAAGGGAAACUACUCUGUGUAAAAUGUAAUGGAAGAUUGGGUUCAUUUGAUUUUGUCUAUAAGAAAGUUUGCAAGUGCCUUCAACAUCCCAUUCCUCUUGUACAUUUACUGAAAGACAGAAUAGAUGUGAUUGAAACAAGACACAUUUCUAGAACUCCUUUUGUACCCCAGCAUAGACAGAUAGAAAAGCCAAACUCUUGUACAGAAUCUUCAGAUGUAGUUCUCAGGAAUGAUAUAUCUACUGCUGCUAUAAACAAAGAAGAUUCAAAUGCAAUUCCAUUUUCUGAGAUAAUUAACAAAGAUAGGAAUCUUCCUUUUGUAGAAGAUAUCAUUGUAGAAUCUCAGAAAGACAACCAUCAGGCAGCAUGUAACAGUCUUCCCCACACCAGCCAAGGUGCUUCUUUUCUUCAACCGGAUAACAGCUGUAAUGAUCCACCGGAAGAUUUGCCUGAAAUUGCUAUUAAUUUGCAUGAACAGGAAAGAGGUUUGCCUGAAGAGAAUGACCCCUUGCUUGAUGAAGAUUUGAAUUUACCAGAAUUUGAUGAUGUGAACGCAUAUGCUGUGUUAGAUUGUGAAGAGCUUGAACUGGAAGAUUAUUUUGCUGAAGUAGAUGGCAGUGUUCAAGAAACAGAGAUGUUUGGGGUGGAAAGACACAAACACAAAAGAAGAAAAAACAAAAGGAUGUUUAAAGCAUUAAAGAAAAACAGAAUGAAGCCAAAGAAAUUAAAAGCAGAAUCUAAUGUUUCCAGAGAUUCAAAUGAAAUAAAAGGAGAAGAUUCAAAAGAAGAUUUCAACAUUUCAGAAGACUGGAUAGAACAGGGACAUGACAUUCCACCAGAUUUGACCUGCGGUAUAUGUUUGGAGCUUUACUACAGUCCACAUCACCUUGAUCCAUGCAAGCACAUUUUCUGUGAGAAUUGUUUACGCAUGAUGUGUAGGCAGACGCCAACACUUACACGUUGCCCAUUAUGCAGGAGGGUGAUUCAUAAAUGUGUAUUUGACAAUGAAUUGACAGAGAAAAUAAAGGUACAGUAUGACAAUCUAUACAAACAAAGGCAUCAUGAUAUGCGUAGGAAAAGAGCGUCAUAUCCAUUGCCAUGUUCUACACACAGUCAGCGCAGAAUGGAACAGUUCGGUCAUUAUCCAGAUCACGGAAAUGCACAAGAAUCUAUAAUUAACAGAUGUUUUCACGAUAUUCUUACACGGUUUGCUUGGUUACUUCUGCUGUUUGUAGUUCACAAUAUUCUGUUUAUGCUGGAUACUGUCUUUAUGUGGGAUCUAUAUGCCCCAAUUUCAGUGAAGUACAACUCGUAUCUAUUUAGACUCGCAGGGAAACUCAUAUUAUUUGGGAUACUUCAUAUUGUGAGGAAGGCUAUAAGAAUUAAUCUCGAUCAAACCAUAGGGCAUCUUGUUUCUUUUGUUUUCAUAUUUUCUGUAUUAUUAGAUGGUAAUUCAUGGGUGAAUUCCUUGCUCAAUUUGGUAAUGAUCGGGUCAUUAUUUUUGUGAAAGCUGCAUUAUGCAAUCAAGUCUGUGAUAUUAAUUUUACAUAUCCUUUAUCAUUAACAGUAUUAUAAAUCUGUAAUUGGCUAUGGUGUUUAAUAAUGUUGAAAUGAUUUAUAGCUUGACUUUAUUUUUUUUAUUUUUUUUAAAGUAGAGGUAUUGUUAUAGUCCCUGAGGCGUUGACGUUGCGUCUUUAAACUUGUAUGUGGAUCAUAACUUUUUUAGUUCUUGGUGUAUUGUCUUCACAAACCCUUGGGACAAGACCUUUCAGUAGACCACACUAACCUUGACCUUCAUCCCCCAGAAUGACCUUGACCUUCAAACUUGAACAUAAUAAUCUUUAAGGAUAGCCCUUUAAAAAACCCAGACAGAAUUUGACCUUCACUCAUAAAUGACCUUGACUUUGAAGGUCAAAUUAUUGAAAUUUUCAUUUUUUUGGCUGUUAUUGAAUGGAUUGACUUCAUAUUAUAACAGAACAUUCUUAAGGACAAGCCCUUCAUGUUUAUCAAACUCCAAUUGACCUUGGCUCUUUUAUGACCUUGACCUAAGAGGGUAAGACAGACAAAUAAAAUUUAUAAAAAGGAAACAUUAAGAUUUGUUCAAAUGUUUCUUAUUUUGCUUUUAGAAAAAGGAAAAGUCGAGCGUUGCCCCCGCCCGAUGGUGGCUCUUGUUAAAGUUUAUAGUCUUUUAUGAGCUAUAGCGAUAAAAUCAUUAAAACUUACAUUUUCUCAAUUUUAUUUUUCGGAUUUCUUUUAUACGCAAAUGCGAAUUGUGCAUAAUGGGCACUACAUCCUUGAGAUAUGUGUUGUAAGCUUAUUAAUAUAGGAUUAAAAGCAAGACCUUUAUCAGAAUUUCUCUUUCAAUUAUAAUUACAAAAUAUUGCGAAUCUGGCAAUACACUAUUUCCAUAUUCUCUUCCUCGUCAACUUCAACUUCCAUAUUCUCCUUGGCCAUUUUUUUUUUUUUCUUCAGACCCCAGCUUGAUAACCACAUUUAUUUCAAUUUUUUUUUACAUUUAUACAUAUAAUAGUACAGAUUUAUAUAUAUUACAGUACCUCAUUACAUCAGAAUAUCAAAAUUAUUAAUAAAUUUGAGUAUAAAGCUAUAUUUUUGUUGCCUGUUAUUGAAAAAAAAUAUGUAUAAGUUGCCAUGAAUUUUAGUCAAUAAACUACAGAUGUGUAUGUAUGGGGGGAAAAUCGGUAUAAUUCUAUACAUUUUAAUAAAGAUAUUACAACACACAUAGCUUUAUACCCUUCGUGUAGGCACAUUAUUAUAUAACCAUAUGUACAAUGUAAGAACAUAAUUUAAGAAUGGUCAAAUUCUAUUUCCAUAUUCUCCUCCUCGUCAACUUCAACUUCCAUAUUCUCCUCGUCAAAUUCUGUUUCCAUAUUCUCCUCGUCAAAUUCUAUUUCCAUAUUAUUCUCCUCCUCAUCAACUUCCACUUCCAUAUUCUCCUCUUCAAUUUCAACUUCCAUAUUCUUUUCCUCGUCAAAUUAUAUUUCCAUAUUCUCCUCGUCAAAUUUUAUUUCCAUAUCCUCCUCGUCAACUUCCACUUCCAUAUUCUCCUCCUCGUCAAAUUCUAUUUCCAUAUUCUCCUCGUCAAAUUCCACUUCCAUAUUCUCCUGGUCAACUUCAACUUUCAUAUUCUCCUCCUGGUCAACUUCAACUUCCAUAUUCUCCUCCUUGUCAAAUUGUAUUUCCAUAUUCUCUUUUUGUCAAAUUCCACUUCCAUAUUCUCCUCCUCACCAAAUUUUAUUUCCAUAUUCUCCUCCUCGUCAAAUUCUAUUCUAUUACAAUUUGAGUGGCUAGAGUUGCCUAAUCAUAUCUUCCAUUUCUAAAUCUUCCACUUCCAUAUUCUCCUCCUCGUCAAAAGAUAUUUCCAUAUCUUCAAAGUCUUCCUUGUCAAUUUCAAUUUCCAUUUUGUCUUAAUAUGCCAGCUCUAAAUCUGCAGUAAACAAGUAAAAAAUUCAAAAACAAUUUUGUAAUAAAAGUAACCAAAUAUAAAAAAUAGUACUUUGACUUCCAUACCAAAUACUGAAUCAAUAUAAAUGUACUAACUGCCAAAGUAACCUUUUUGGAAACUACAAUUUUUGAGAAAUAAAUAUAGAUGCAUUUUUUACUUGUUCAUCAUAAAUGUGCCCUGAAUGGAAAACAAAACAUGCAUAAACGGAUAAAAUAAUGCACCUUUAAUGAAUGUUUUUGAAUACAUAGGUUUCAGAGCAUCACACACAAAUGACUUACUGAAGUAUGACCUAAUAAUGGCCAUGGUAAUUUCAUAACCUAAACAACAUUGUCAAAUGACAUCACGCUGCCACGUUAAAAAGUGCAUUACAAACAUUUAAUGACAAAAAGUAAAAUAAGCAAUUUAAACAAAUACAUUUAUGCAAGAAUUUGUGUUAAUGCUCCUUUUUGUGCAUAACACCUGCAGAUGUCUUUCAGU